GUCAUGACGUCUAAGAAGCAAACAUAAACAAAAAUAAAUCUCUUUGAAAAUUUGUGAUUUUAUUUAGAAAACUUUAUUAAUUCAUAUUUUUUACGAUGGAGAACAUAAAUCCUGCCUUCAAGAUUCUCAACGAAAUUCGUCAACUCGGUUGCACCGAUGAAGCUCUCUGCGCAGCGACCUACCGGACUUAUCUGCAUCUUUGUGAAGACCGCUCCAUGUGGGACGUCCAGUACAACUACUCAAGCCCACUGAACACGCUCUACCUGAAAGCCCGCAAGCAGCAGGAUUCCCCCGAGGACGUAUACAUUCCGGUGCCAUCCUUCGACAGUAUCCCGCUGGAACGAAUUGAGAAACUACAAGCUGAGCUUGUUCCACCUCCAGACAGUAACCAAAACGGCAGUCGAUGCCUCGUGCUGGCCGUGUGCGAUCCAAGCUCGACGGUGCUGUUGUACCGGAUGUCCAACGCCAUCAAGCCGGUGUUUGGGAAGCCACUGUCGCGGAAUAAAAUGCUCAAACAACGGGCGGCAGCACGGGCAGGGGGUGGUGAUGAAACAAUGGAGGUGCAAUAAAGUUGAUUGUUUUUGAGAUAAAGUUAAAAACAUUCUUUUA